GACUCCUAUAUAUACAUGGAAUUUAACUAGGAUUGAACCAGAAGAUAAAGGAGCUAGCAAUUCCUUGCAGGUGCAUCUGAAAUAUGGCCCAGGAGCAACAUGUUCAGAUUCCCAGAGUGAAACUUGGAACUCAGGGUCUUGAGGUUUCCAAGUUGGGCUUUGGCUGUAUGGGACUGACAGGAAUUUACAACGAUCCUGUCCAGGAGGAAGCCGGCGUAUCCAUCAUCACCGAUGCGUUCGCCAAGGGGGUAACAUUUUUCGACACGUCGGAUGUAUACGGCCCAAAAACUAAUGAAAUUCUGGUUGGGAAGGCGUUGAAGAAGUUGCCUCGUGAGAAGGUGCAGUUAGCUACCAAAUUCGGGGCGCUGCAAUCCAAGGGAUACGAUGUGGCGAUAAAUGGAAGGCCUGAAUAUGUCCGCUCAUGCUGUGAGGCCAGCCUUAAGCGCCUCGAUGUUGACUACAUAGAUCUCUAUUACGUGCAUCGAAUCGACACAUCGGUCCCAAUAGAGGAAACUAUGGGAGAACUGAAGAAGUUGGUGGAAGAGGGGAAAGUGAAGUACAUUGGCUUGUCGGAAGCCAGUCCUGACACCAUACGGAGAGCGCACGCGGUUCAUCCCGUCACUGCCUUACAAAUCGAGUGGUCACUCUGGACUCGUGACAUUGAGCAAGAAAUCGUCCCUCUCUGCAGGGAGCUUGGGAUCGGCAUAGUGCCAUAUAGUCCUCUCGGUCGCGGGUUCUUUGGUGGUAGGGGAGUCAUAGGAGCUGUGCCUGGGAAGAGCCUUCAGGAAAGGUUUCCCAGGUUUCAACCGGAGAAUUUGGAGAAGAACAAAGUCUUUUACACCCGAAUCGAGAAGCUAGCAAAGAAGCACGAUUGCACCCCGAUCCAGCUCGCCCUGGCAUGGGUUCUGCAUCAAGGGGAUGACGUUGUGCCGAUACCGGGAACGACAAAGAUAAAGAACCUGGACACCAACAUCGGCUCCUUGCAAGUGAAACUCGCAGAGGACGAUUUGAGAGAGAUAUCAGAUGCCGUGCCAAUCGAGGAGGUCGUCGGUGGCAGUAUUCACGAAAGGUUUGCUCGUCUCUCGUGGAGGUACGCGGACACGCCGCCCCUGAGAGACGGGAAAUCGUCGGCCUAGACUUCCUUCAGUUUCAGGGAGCACUGUUCGGCUCUCUGCUUUGUUCUUUUCCUGUCUGUAACCGAGGUCUGCAAGAUCAUGGGGAUCUUGACGCAAAAAUAAAACCAGGGAUUGUUAAGUCCCUUGGAUCUGGAAGGGAAAGCUGGAAUUAAUCAUCAAUGAUGAUGUUGCAUUUUGCAGUUGCUGUUUGAUACCAUUUUGCAGAUUUCUUGCUUUUUGUCCAAUAAAGCUCUCGGACAAAAUAUCUUUCAUCCAA